CUGGCCCUUAUUAUGGAUGAAGUUAUGGAUAUAGAAGGGAGUGUGUGGAAAUCAGAAAGGACAAACAAGAGUCACACAUUACGAUUGUUUUUCUUCGGGGAUUAUGAGUUUUUGUCUCGUGUUUAUGGACUCAUUGGAUCUAACGGCAAGUAUUCCUGUAUAUACUGCUUGAUAACUCAGCAAGGAAUUAAAGAUGGCACAGGAAAUUGUUCUAAAAGGACCUUGGACAGCUACAAUGAUGACUUUGAGGAAUUUGUUCGGAAUGGUAGUGACCCAGCAAAAAGCAAAUUGGUCUCCCAUAGUGUAGUCAGAAAACAUAUGCUCAACAUCGAGUUCGAUAAGGUUAGUAUACAAAAAAGAAAAAAAAAUAUAAUUACUGGCAACUCUUUCUAAAAACAACUUGUAUAUUAUAUUGUUGAAGUUAGACAAGGUUAGUAAAAAUAACUUAUUAUUAGUGGUCACUCUUUAACAAUUAAAUUUUUUAAACAUUACAGAUGCUUACCUGA